AUGUUUUCUAACUACUGUUUUGACCUUGAAGCCAGACCCCAGAUGCAGAGCCAGAGGGCAGAAUGGGCUCUGUAUUCCUCUAGGACAGAGGAGGCCAUCCAGCAUCCACACCUGAUCAGUUCCUCUGAAGACAGCAGACGGAUUUGCACAGAGAAAUCUGUGGUAUGCAGCAGGGGACAUGUGGUCAUUGUUGGAUUUUACCCCCUCUAUUCUUGGGAAUUGUUCAUUCAAAGCUUGAAUGACCCUACCCUGCAGCAACAGAACAUUCAGAUCAACUUAAAGAAAUACCAAUUGCUUCUCACCCUGCUGCUGGCUGUGGAAGAGAUCAACAAGAAUCCCCAUCUGCUACCCAACAUGACUCUGGGGUUUGAGAUCUAUACAGCACAUUACUCAGGUACUGAUCUGUUAGAGGAUCCUCUCAUCUGGCUGUCUGGGAAAAAUAAAAACAGCCCCAAUUACACCUGCAGAAGAGACAGCAAAGCUUUAGCAGGACUCACAGGAACCUCAAGCACAUCUGUUCCAAUCGGGACACUGCUGGACCUCUACCAACUUCCACAGUUCAUUUUUGGGGCUUUUGAUCCUCUCCUGAGUGACCAUGGAAAGUUUGGGACUGUCUAUCAGAUGGCAGCCAAAGACUCAGAUCUAGCCCUGGCCAUGGUCUCUUUGAUGCUUCAUUUCGGCUGGACCUGGGUGGGACUGUUCAUCACUGAAGACAACUAUGGUGUGUGGUUCCUCUCAGAAUUGAGAGAAGAGAUGGGCAAGAGUAGAGUCUGUUUUGCCUUUGAGAACAUGAUCCCUUACAAUGCCUUUACAGAUUACUCAGAUGAUCUGUCCACGUAUUGCCAGCUAAUGGACUCAUCAACCAAUGUGAUUAUCAUUUAUGGGGACAGUAAAUUUCUACUAAGCUUUAUUGUUAAAUUUGGGCACAUUUUAAUUACAAGGAAAGUGUGGGUCAUGAACUCACCCUAUGAUGACAUCACCAUUGGUAAAAGAUAUUUUCUGAUCCACUCCUUCCACGCAUCUCUCACCUUCUCUCAUCAUCAUAGAAACACUUCUCUGUUCACCAAUUUUAUUCUGAAAGGUACCUUGUCAAAUAACUUAGGAAAUAAUUCCCUUCCUAGGUCAUGGAUUCAGUCUGUUUAUAGCCUACUGAUUAAGUCUGACUGCAGAGACUUGGGGCACUGCUCAUACAAUGGCACACUCCAUUGGUUGCUGAGGCAUAUUUUUGACAUGACCAUGUCAGAAGAGAAUUACAACAUCUAUAAUGCUGUGUAUGCCUUGGCCCACACCCUCCACCAGAUGUUUCUUUGUCACAUGGAGGAGCCACUAGGGCACAAUGGUCAAUCAAGGGCAUUUCUCUCUUCACAGCUGCAUCCCUUUUUGAAGAAUAUCCAAUUUACCAAUCCUGUUGGAGACCAAGUGGUUUUGAAUGAGGAAAGGAAAUUGGAGGCAGAAUAUGACAUUAAGAGCUUUUGGAAUUUUCCAGAAGGUCUGGGACAAAGGGUGAAAGUUGGCGAGUUUUCUCCAUCUAGGCCAUAUGAUCAACAACUGAUUUUGUUUGAAAAUCUGAUAGAGUGGCCCAUAGGAAUUACCAAGACUCCUCAGUCUGUCUGCACUGAGAACUGUGGUUCUGGAUACAGGAAGGCCUCUGUGGAAGGAAAUGCUACCUGUUGCUUUGACUGCAUUCUUUGUCCAGAGAAUGAGAUUUCUAAUGCAGACAGUGAUUCUCACUCCUCAUCAGACAUGGAGCCGUGUGUCAGGUGUGCAGAUCAUCAAUUUGCCAACACCCAGAGAAACCACUGCCUCAUGAAAACUGAGGGCUUCCUGGCUUAUGAAGACCCCUUGGGCCUGUCCCUGGUCUGCAUGCCUCUCUGCUGCUCUGCACUAACAGCUGCUGUUCUUGGGGGGUUUAUCAAGCACCAAGACACCCCUAUUGUCAAGGCCAAUAACCGGGCACUCAGCUACAUCCUGCUCAUCUCCCUCACCUGCUGCUUCCUCUGCUCCUUGCUCUUCCUUGGCCGUCCCAACACAGCCACCUGCAUCCUGCAGCACACCACAUUCGCAGUGGUCUUCACCGUGGCUGUCUCCACGGUCCCAGCAAAGAUCAUCACUGUGCUUCUGGCCUUCACACUCACUGAUCCAGGGAGAAGCAUGAGACUGUGGCUGUUGUCCGGGGCUCCUAACCUCAUCAUCACCAUCUGCACUCUCAUCCAAGUGACUCUCUGUGGUCUCUGGCUGGGAAUCUCUCCUCCUUUUGUGGACAUAGAUGCACACUCUGAACAUGGCCACAUCAUCAUCCUGUGCAACAUGAGCUCUCUCACCGCUUUCUUCUCUGUCCUGGGAUACCUGGGUGCCCUGGCCCUGGCCAGCUUCACUGUGGCUUUUCUGGUCAGGAACCUGCCUGACACCUUCAAUGAGGCCAAGUUCCUGACCUUCAGCAUGCUGAUGUUCUGCAGUAUGUGGCUCACCUUCCUGCCUGUCUACCAUAGCACCAAGGUGAAGGUCAUGGUGGCCGUGGAGGUCUUCAUCUUGGCCCCCAGUGGAGGCCUCCUGAGCUGCAUCUUUGCCCCCAAGUGUUACAUUGUCUUGAUAAGACCUGAGAGAAAUUCACUGCACAGGUUACAAGAGAAGGAACAGUUCAACCAUUCAGAAGGCUCCUUGAAGAAAUCAGAAUCUGUUGCCUCCUUGUUUGGAGUUGAGGCUCCUUCACUUGCCAUUUAUCUUGUGUUUCUAUGGCUUGUUCUAUCCCACUUGGAAUUGGCAACAGAGCAGUCAAUGAAAAACCUAGAGGAUAGUUCUCAAAAUGCUCUAGAAACACUACUGGCAAUCAUGCUGAAUGAAAAGGGACCGUUUGGUGACAGAGUGCAAGGAGAUUCAGCAGUUUUAGCAGUACUCACAGGAACUUCAAGCACAUCUGUCCCAAUCUUGACACUACUGGACCUCUACAAGCUUCCACAGUUAACUUAUGGGUCUUUUGAUCCUCUCCUGAGUGACCAUGGACAGUUUGGUGCUGUCAAUCAGAUAGCUGCCAAGGACUCAGCUCUAGCCCUGGCCAUGGUCUCCUUGAUGCUUCAAUUUGGCUUCAAUUUGGUGGGACUGCUCAUAACCAAAGACAACUAUGGUGUGUGGUUCCUCUCAGAAUUGAGAGAGGCGAUGGACAAGCAUGGAGUCUGUCUAGCCUUUGAGAAUAUGAUCCUGGCAAACAGCCCAUCAGAUUUAUCAACUGAUCAACCAAGAUAUCACCAGAUCAUGGAAUCCUCAACCAAUGUAACAAUCAUUUACGGAGAAAUUGAAUUGCUAUUAAACUUUAUUCUUAAAUUGGGGAUUUUUUAA